UUGCACGCAAAAACAGCGCUCCACACAUGCGAAUAUUAAGCAUAAUGUUUAAAAAUAAAAAUAUAACGUAACGGCCGCGCGUUUCAAAAUUGAAUUCAUGUUAAAAUAAAGCCAUAGUAUAGAAGGAAGCAUAUACAUAUCCACUCGACAUCGAUUCUUAUUGUGUGCAAGUUCAACGAAGCGUACGCUGUUGUUGUUGUUGUUGUUGUUGUUGUCGGUGACGCUGCCGCCACACAAAUACAAACACAGACACAGAAAUUAUCAUCAACAUCAAAUUUGUAUAUUAAACAUUUUUGCUCGCUCGGUCAGCGGAACUUGGCCCAUUUUAUACAAUUUUUUUCCUCGGUUCUUGGAUCGUCAGUAUUGGGAACUAUAUCAGUCCGCUUUGCACAUUUCGCCGUGGCGCUCGUGAGGAAAUUCAACAACGAAAAGAGCAAAGAUUGCUCGCAAUGGGGCUUCCACCAUUCAAUGUCACGGGCAGUCCGUUCAAUGUCGUUCCUAUACACAAUUUUCCGGAGCUAAUGAAGGAGACCUGCGCGCUCAUCAACUCGGAAUGGCCGCGCUCUGAAACGGCACGCAUGCGCUCCUUGGAAGCCUCGUGUGAUACUCUGCCCUGUAGUCUUGUGCUCACCACCGAGGGAAUGUGUCGUGUGAUUGCGCACUUGAAGCUGAGCCCAAUCACCUCAAAGAAGAAGGCAUGCUUUGUGGAGUCCGUUGUCGUCGAUAAAGCGUAUCGUGGUCAAGGAUUUGGCAAGCUGAUCAUGAAGUUUGCCGAGGACUAUUGUCGGGUGGUGCUGGAUUUGAAUACGUUGUAUUUGUCGACCAUCGAUCAGGAUGGUUUCUAUGAGCGCAUUGGCUAUGAGUACUGUGCACCCAUUUCCAUGUAUGGACCGCGUCACUGUGAGCUGCCCAGUUUACAGAAUAUUAAUAAGAAAUACAUGAAGAAGGUCUUAUAGGCGUCAGCACCCGUAGUAGUUGUAGUGUUGGCUUGAAGGCUUCAGUUCAACUGUUAAAACUAGUCAAAGAAAACAAAUAACAAAUUGAGGUAAACGCUUACUGAUGGUAUUUAUCCAUCUACUGCCGUUAUCCUUUCGAGCGUUUAUCUCAUAUUCCAUUACGAUUAACACACACAUACACACACUCACACGUAAAGCACACACAGAAAACAUUCAUUAUUACGCUCGUGUUGAUUUUUAUAUAUUACUUUCCGCAUGUAUUUUUUGUUACCAAAAAGAAAAAGAAACAAAAAAAAAACAAACAACUUUCCUUGAGAAACAUCGAGAGGCAAAAGUGCUAUAGACAGAAUAUAGCAUAUAGCACAUACCAUCCCAUCUAUAUAUUCAUGUUAAUCUAAUUAUUAAUUAUUAUUGUUAAUUUUAAUUGGAAUCGAUUUUGUAUGAUUUUGUUGUGGUUUUUUGCUCGAACAAAUGCUUUGCUAGACAAUAUCUACCUACAAAAACAUAUAUUUACAUAUGAUAGCUCAAUUAUCUUCCAAUUAUAUAAAGCAUAGCAUAGCAUAUAGAUAUAUACAUAUCGGAGAUGAAACUGUAGCAUUAAGCAAACAACAAAAUGAAAGGCAAUAAAUUAUAUUAAUUAUGUA